CCCAGCCCCCCUCCCCGAAACCUUCUGACUUCAUCGAUACAUUCCAAAACAUCCGGAGAGGUUUUUAUCUGUUUCGUUCUCAGUGCUGUCAUCUUGUGCUACAUUGCAUCUAUAAAAUAAGAACUUUUUCUUUAAUGUUAGUUUAUUUUUGACCGGGACCUGUCGGAGUGCUGAGUUAGGCGAUUGGUCAGUCUGCCUGCCAGUAAUGAAAAAGGCGAGAACCGCAAAUAGAUUUCGUUCCGUGAAUCGCCGAUUAAGUUAUCUUGUCUGUGGUGUGGAACUAUAGGACAUUGGUAAACUUUACUUGAUGACCAUUUAUAGUUUACAGAAAGAAGCUCAUCAUUUGGACUUGUGCAACGAUUCGACUGAUGAUUCUGCUGUGAUUAAAGAAGUUGUCUAAUGGAGUGCUAAGGUUUAAGUACACCUAAUGGAAAUGGUGAACUUUCUAUCAUUGUGCCCAUUGAAAUCCAUAUCUCCUUUAAGUUCAAGCAAAGGAAGAGGAGAAGAAAUAAAGCCUACAUUUUCAAAGAAUAUCAAUUCUUGGGUCUAUGGUCAACACAAAUGGCCUCAUUUCUUUUCUGACAGGUUUUGUGGCAGAUGAGUGGAAUGAAGAUAGUGUUUUUGUCUCGUUGUGUGGUAGUUCUUUUCUGUGCAAGUGCUUUAACUUCAUUGCUGAUAAUAAAAAUGAUUUGUUCAAAAUAUGUUCUUCAGGAUGAUAGCUACUACAGAUGGAAACAAAGAAGUACUAGCUUCUCAAAGCUUUCAGAGCACAAAUCAGGUGUGGAUUUUAUAUCCCUACAAAAUUCUAAUUACAAGGUGCCAAUUUGUGAAAAAGAUAAUGUAUUGAUAAUCCUGGUGACAUCAGCACUGUGGCAUUUAGAACAAAGGAAUACAAUCCGAAACACUUGGGCAAAAAAACAGCAACACAAGAAGUACCCUUGGCAGACAUUUUUCCUUAUUGGUCAUCCGUGGGUGGAUGGCAUAUCACCAGAAAUUGUUAAAGAACAGGAACUGUUUGGUGAUAUUUUAUUGGGGAAUUAUGCAGACUUUUACCGAAAUCUGACAGUUAAAGUCAUGCAUGGCCUGUGGUGGACUUUGAAAGACUGUGAAGCACAAUAUAUUCUGAAAACUGACGAUGACUGUUUUGUUAAUAGUGACAGGCUGGUUCGUUUCUUGGUCGAACACAACACUGUGAGAUAUGAUCUUUACGUCGGAUCUGUUUUUGCACCAGGAAAAAGACAAGUUAUUAGGGAUCCCCAGAGCAAAUGGUAUGUUUCCAGAGAAGAUUUCCGGGAAGAUGAAUACCCUCCUUAUGCCAGUGGGAUUGGUUAUCUCCUGUCUGUGGAUGCUGCUUACAGAAUACUUACAGCUGCUCAGUAUAUCCCAGUACUGCCAGUUGAAGAUGCCUAUGUGGGAAUUUUAGCUAACAAAGUUGGACUAUCUGUGAAAUCAAGUGGACGCUUCACAAAAUACAACAUUAACUGGAGAGUAUGUAACUAUAGGUACCUCAUGGUAAUUCAUCAUUUGGAUAGUAAAGAGAUGCAUAUGGCACAUCAAAAUGUGAUAAAAGCAAGGACUGCAUGUUCAGACACUGCAGAAAUUAUAAAAUGGAAAUAACAUAACCCUCAAAUUCCCUUUAUAGAAAAUAAUUACCUAUUACAGUUUAAAUGGCAAAAGUCCAAAAAUGAACAGUGCACUGUAUGCACAAAGAGCAUCAGUGAUUAUGCAAAUUCAGAAGCGAAAUAAUAUUCAUAUAGCAAACCAAAAUCCUCAGGGUUUUCAAGACAUAUUAGCAAAUGACUGAAGAGAGGACAAAAGUAAUUUAGAGAAAAUUAGAAAUUAAAUGAAAAAUCCAGGUACUGUGAAAACUGUUCAUUGAAGCCAUCAGAUUAUAGAGUUUGCAUUUCUAAAGGCUCAGCAAUUGCAUUAUUUUGUUUACAUGUCAGUAUUUUUCAGUUUGUCAAUAUUCUGCUGUUUUCUGGGCGUUUAAUUUAUGCCAGAAAACAAAAAGGUAUUGGCAGCAUUCAGUACAUUUAAUUAUAAUUGUCUGAAUAACAUGCCACAGGGAAGCCCACUAGUGCUAUAGUCAGUGUUGCCGUGUCACAGAUAGGCAUCCUGGGUUCGAAUCAUUAAAAUGUGGGGAGUUUAAAAUAUGCUCCACUUGUCUGUAUAGGAUUUUGAACUGGGUAGUCCAGUUUUACUCCCUCGUCCCAUAUAUUUGUGUGUUAGAUUAAUUGGUGACUCAAUUUUGGCCUUGUGGGGUGUAUAGUUAAGUGUGGCUAGUCCCCCAUACCCAUGGAUUGCAUUAAGGGGGACUGAGAGAGUGAUUGGUGCAGUGGGUACUGGUGCUGCCUCAAAGGUUUAAAUCCCACACCUGGAUAUUGUCUGGGUGGAUUGUUUUCUAGGCACAUUGGUUUUAGUUUCUUAUCUUAUUUAAGUGUUUAGAGCUUUACCUACCUACCUUGUGCCUAGUGCUGCUAAGUAAACUUCUGCCCCUGUAGCCCUGAAUUGGAUAAAGUGGAGUAGAAAAUGAAAUGUGGGAAGACCUGUCAACCUAAGUUUGAAAAACUACAGCUACAUUUAAAAGUUACUGUUUUGUUUGUACAGAAGCUGCAGAUAUUGCUUUUAUAAAACAAAUAGCGUGUGUUGUUUUGUGCUUUGUUUAAUAAUUUUUUAAAUGCUAAUUUUCUUCAUCAUUCCGUCUCUCUUUCAUAUAAUCUGAACUGACUGCUGUCAAAUGGGAAAAGCACAAUUUAAAUUAUCAAUAGGGAUGAGUUCAAAUUAUCAAUCAAUGUAUAUUUUUAUACUGUAUACUGCAAUUCUAAGUAAUAAAUCAAAACAGGACACUACUUAGUGACCUUUUUAUUCUAGGUAGUUCCUAUGAUGCUAUUUUUGCCACAAAGUAUUACUAUUGAUAAGUUUUCUUUUAAAUAUAUUGGUUUUUUUUUUACUUGCUGCCAGGCAAUUAAUGUGUUUUAAAAGGUGCUUAGUUUGCAAUUACAGCCAGAAUAUUAUGAUUUGCACAAAAGUGUUAAGGAGUUUAUAAGUUAAGCAGGAGAAAAGAUGGGGUCAAAAUACAAAAAUGAGUCAAAUUCUGGGAGAUCAAGAAUAUAGCAACUAAAACCAAAACAUGACACAAGAAUCAGUGUUGAAAAUAUCAAAACAAAGGUGUUGAGUCAGCCAGUGUUCCUUCAUGGCUGGAGUUCAAAUUUCCUUAUGUCUUUUUUGUUCAUUUUUAAUUCUUUCAUGUUAAUAUUGUUGCUUAUUUAGUUUCAGUGGGUCUGUAUCUUCUGUUAUGUUUCAAGUGUCUUAUGGGGGAUUCCCCAAGAGGCAGGGUCACUGUCAAGGUGCCUAUCUGUCAGCCCCAUAAAGGCUGGGGAAACAAGCAGUCCCUUGUGGUUCAUUUGAAUGUGCUUGGUGGUCUUGGCGAGUUGUACUAAUUAUUGUGUUUCUUCUUGAAUUCCAGGAUUUGUGGCAUUUUAUGCUCUGUUUUUUGACCGUUGUGUCUGGAUUUGUGUUUUUUGGGAUUGCCUUUCAGGCAGCUCCUUCUGUGCCUUUUCUGCUCCAUGGAGCUUUUUGUUAAGAAGGGUAUUUUUUGUGACGUAAAUAUUUCAUUUGAAAAGAAUCUUUAAAUGCCAUUUAUGUAUACAAGCUGAACGUUGAACAGAUCAUUCCUCUUGUUGGGCGUUUUAGUUAUGGUUUGCUGGGAUUUUAUGUUAAAUUUCUCCUAAAUUCACAACAAACUUGGAUAAGGAUAUGACCUCACAGCAUCCUGUUGCAUUGUGAUUGAAUGGGAGUUCAAAAAUUGUGGUGAAAAUGUUCCAAAAAAAUUCACAACAAAAAAACCCUAAAAUGAAAAACUAAUAUCAUUACCAAAAUCCGUUGGAUAAAAAAUACAAAAAGCAGAUGCAAAUACAUACCUUAAGUGCCAGGUAAAGUUGGAAAAAAAAAACUACGACAAAAUAUCCAACACUGACAAUUAUUUUUUAACCAGUAAAAUGUUAAUUAAAGAAACACCCCAAUUCUGUAGUCCGCAUGUGUAAAUUGCACUGUGGGAUCUUCUCUGUCAGGUUUGUCAGUUUAACCAUUGCUUAUGUGCCUUUCUACUGGAGGCUCCAGUUUCUUUCUACCGUCAAGUGAAUUGAAUACUGUGAAUUGCUGUCAAAGCAAUGAGUUUGGCUUUAUUUGACUAAGCUCUGCUCCCCAGGAUUAAUUCUGCUUCUGUUAGGAUAUGCUUUCAUUUUUUGGAAUACUGAAUUCAUUAUGGAAAGAAGUGUGAGUUCAAACAUUGUUUUUUAUUUACUUAAUUUUAUGUUUCAUUAUACACCUUGUUUGUAACAUGAAGUGGCUUGGUAAAUAUUGGCCUGUAUCCCUGCAGUGGUAUUUAUUAACAGUGUUUUGUGGCAUGCAUGUGUAAGUAGAAAAAGAAAAGUGCGGCAUACACUUAGGUUUCAUUUAAUUUCUGACGGUAUUCUCAAAUGUGUUUUAUUAAACUUCAUAUUUUUGUUAUUUUCCUCUUUCUUUUUUAUUGCAUUCACAAAGUAUUUUGAUGUAUUUGAGACAUCUGACCUAAUUUUAGGAGCAUGUCAGCAGGAUAAAUUAAACAUUUAGGAGCAAUAAAAACUUAAGGAUACUAAUGUGUAGCAAAUCUGUCUCAUGUAAUUUGCAUUCACUACUGCAUCUAUGAGAACCGGCAAUGGAGUAAAAUUAGCCUCCAUGGUAUAGUAGUCAUUCAGAUGAUAAUGAUCCAGCACAAUCAGGAAAAUAUAGAGCAAAGAACCUGGUGGUAAACUAUCAAACAAGCUAAAUAAUAAAUUUCUAACCUUAACCAAUUAGAAAAUCAGGCUGAAUUUAAAUGUAAACAGUAACUGCCUUAGUGAGUUAAUUAAACAUCUGCUUGCAUGUAGAUGAUCUUGACGGAUUUGCACCCACCAUUUCACAAAAUGGUCACUUUGAGAAGACCGCACACAUGCAGGCUAUUUCAGGAAUUCAUUGGGAAAAAAUGCCUGAAAUCAAAUAUCCAAGAAGAACCAAUAUAGCAAGACAAAAGUAGAAAUCCUGGGAAAGUGCUUAUUUGUCAAAAAGUAUGUAAAAUAUCCAAAAACAUUGACAGCAUCAAGGUGUUCUGACAUGAAUUCAAGUAAUCAACAACUAGAGUUUGUGAUAAUGAUGAUGUUUUAUAGUCUUCAUAAAUCUCAAUAGUUUUCAUAACACACUACAGAAUAUUCUUUAUUUGUUUGGUGUGUUUACUGUUUAAAAAGUUUGGAAGUUGGAUGAACUGUGAAAUAAGUGAGAUACUUUCCAUCAGAGUCAAAACAAAGUGCUUUCCAGAGGUUGUAAUUAGAAAUUCUAUAUUCAAGACAAAUUGUGCCACAGAAUCGUUGUCCAUUUGCCUAUUAUGAAAUAAAUCUGAAAUAUGACGAAAGGUAAUAAAUAAUGCGGGGCAGAUGACUAAAGGUAUUAGUACUGCUAGUUAUUCCCUCUGUGAUUUCUUUGUAAUUGUGCUACUGGUUCACUGUUGCAAAUUAAUUUGCUUUCAUAAAGAAAUCUUAGUAAACUAAUCCUUAAUAAUAAUGUGAAUUAGACAGUGUGAAAGAUUAGCUAUUCAUUAUUCUUACAUUCUAAAAUUAAGAUUAUAAUAAAUUUCUGGCACAGUAGAGAUUUUUGUUUGUUGACUGUUAAAUGAGUACAAGGAGAUAAGGUGCAAGGUGAAGAGAGAGGUGGUGAAAGCUAAAGAAAAGGCAUAUGAUGAGUUGUAUGAGAGGCUGGACACUAAGGAGGGAGAAAAGGACCAGUACCGAUUGGCUAGACAGAGGGACUGAGCUUGGAAAGAUGUGCAGCAGGUUAGGGUGAUAAAGGAUAAAGAUGGAAACGUACUCACAAGCGAGGAGAGUGUGUUGAGCAGAUGGAAAGAGUACUUUGAGAGUCUGAUGAAUGAAGAGAAUGACAGAGAGAGAUGGUUGGAUGAUGUGGAGAUAGUGAAUCAUUAAGUGCAAUGGAUUAGCAAGGAAGAAGUAAGGACAGCUAUGAAGAUAAUGAAGAAUGGGAAGGCUGUUGGUCCAGAUAACAUACCUCUGAAAGCAUGGAGGUGUUUAGGAGAGAUGGCAGUGGAGUUUUUAACCAGAUUGUUUAAUACAAUCUUGGAAAAUGAGAGGAUGCCUGAGGAGUGGAGAAGAAGUGUACUAGUACUGAUUUUAAAGAAUAAGGGGGAUGUGCAGGACUGCAGUAACUACAGAGGGAUACAAUUGAUGAGCCACAGCAUGAAGUUAUAGGAAAGAGUAGUGGAUGCUAGGUUAAGAAGGAAGGUGAUGUUAGUGAGCAACAGUAUGGUUUCAUGCCAGGAAAGAGCACCACAGAUGCGAUGUUUGCUCUGAGGGUGUUGAUGGAGAAGUAUAGAGAAGACCAGAAGGAGUUGCAUUGCAUCUUUGAGGACUUAGAGAAAGCAGAGAAGUAUGUAAGAGUGGUACGGGAUAUGUACAAGGGAAAUGUGAUGGUGGUGAGGUCUAUGGUAGGAGUUAAGGAUGCAUUCAAGGUAAAGGUGGAAUUACAUCAGGGAUCAGCUCUGACCCCUUUCUUAUUUGCAGUGGUGAUGAACUGGUUGACAGAUGAGAUUAGACAGGAGUCCCCGUGGACUAUGAUGUUUGCGGAUAACAUUGUGAUCUGUAGUGAGAGUAGGGAGCAGGUCGAGGAGACCCUGGAGAGGUGGAUAUAUGCUCUAGAGAGGGGAGGAAUGAAGGUCAGUAGGAACAAGACAAUACAUGUGUGUAAAUGAGAGGAAGGUCAGUGGAAUGGUGAGGAUGCAGGGAGUAGAGUUGGUGAAGUUGGAGGAGUUUACAUACUUGGGAUCAACAGUACAGAGUAACGGGGAUUGUGGGAGACAAAGUGAGACAGGCGAGAUUGCGUUGGUUUGGACAUGCGCAGGGGACAGAUGCUGAGUAUAUUGGGAGAAGGAUGUUAAAGGUAGAGCUGCCAGGUAAUAAGAAAAGAGGAAGGUCUAAGAGAAGGUUUAUGGAUGUGGUGAGAGAGGACAUGCAGGUGAUGGGUGUAACAGAGCAAGAUGCAGAAGACAGGAAGUUAUAGAAAAAAAUGAUCCACUGUGGCGACCCCUAACAGGAGCAGCCGAAAGAAGAAGAAGAAGACUAUUAAAUGAGUGCUGUUACAACAUUACUUUGGCAGACACAUUAAUCUGAAAUCAGUUUGAGAGGUUAAAACAAUUCAUUUUACAACUAUGAAAUCUUAACUGACACUGUUAUGCUCAACGCAAGACUGAGAAUAAAGGACAGAAACUUCUGUCUUCCAUGGUCAAUGUGGUCAGUUGAUCUCUAGAUUGAGACAGAGGGGUAAAAGGUCUCAAACUGUCCCAAGCUGCCUUCAGCGUUGACAUGGUUUUAAGACGUGAUUCUUCAUCUAUAUAUGAGUGUAAUAAGCAUUUGCUUCAUCUGAUUUUUUUAAAGAUUGAAACCACAGUGCAAACCUACCAUGUCAAAAAAAAGAAAUGGAGAAAUAUCUAAAAUAUUUAAGUCAACUUUUACAUUUAGUGACUGUAUUUUCAGACUACAAACGUUUUUUUUGCUAUUUCUUAAAGUUCAUUGUAUAUAACAAUGUACAUUUUGAUGCGAUUAUAUUGAAAACCACCAGUAAAAGAAGUGCUGUGUUCUUUAGGUUGGACUGAAGCAUUAAUAACACCUUUGCAAACUAUUAAAAUACGGAAGCAUAUGUCUCUCAGUCCUUGCUGUUUAGCAGAUGCUUUUAAUUAUUUACUUUUGUUUCUGUCUAAAAUAUAUCUUUACAGUAUACUUAAUUUAAUGCAAAAAUACAAAUGUUAGACAAAAACAGAUGUGAAGUUUGUAGUCAGGGACGUUACAUUUUCCCAACUUACUACCCUGAUGUUUGCUACUGACCAACUUUACCAAGACAUCCUAUUGUGCGAUUGAGCCAAUCUUACAAGUUCCUCUUAGCUCAGCUCUAUUUCUGAAGAAGGCUUAAUAGUAAUGCAUGAUUUCCUUUUGAUGUGGAAGUAGAACACUUCAGGCUUCUUGUCAAUAAGACAGCAUCAUCUUCUUAAGUUAUAAACCCGAUUGUUUUAUUUGAGUGCCUUUCUUUGCACAAACUGGUUUUCAUCAUGUGCCCUUCAUGUAUUUCACAGUGUCUUUUAUGAAAAAAAAUAUUUUAUACAAAUAUAUUUUUGAUGAGUUAAUUUAA